CUGGUGCUCCAUUCUGCUUCUAAGGAGGCUGCUCACAUGACCUGAGGCAGUAGCAGAGAGGGGUGGCUAUGCGGGCUGCCUGAUCCGCCUGUUCGUAACGCCCUUCCUCAGAGUUCUUAUGGCUUGAGAAGGCUCCUCCUGCACUGGAGUGUUCUUUGGUCUUCGGGGUUUAGCAGAGGGACAGAAGGAGGUCUUUGUUUUGGGCUUUAGGCUUCGGCUGGGUGUGGUUUCAUUACCCCUGGAGCGAGCCAGGAUAAGAGCACGGCUUUGGCCGGCCUACAGCCCCGCCCCCAGGACGGGACGCUGCACUCCGUCCCCCAGUCUGCCGUCCACGGUCCCACCGAGCGUCUGCCUGUUCCACGCCUCCUGCCAUGACCCUGCUGCCACAGAGCCAGCUGGACCCCCCCCCAGAGCCGGCGGAUGGACCGGAGCCACCCCCGUUCGCCGAGGCUGAGCCGGUCCGGCGCCCCCGCUGGCGCCUGCUGAUGCACGCGGCGGUGAUGUUUGGCCGCGAGCUGUGCUACGCGGUAGAGGCGGCCUUCGUCACGCCGGUGCUGCUGAGCGUGGGGCUCCCACGGGGCCUCUACAGUCUGGUGUGGCUCAUCAGCCCUGCGCUGGGCUUCGUGCUGCAGCCGCUGGCCGGCUCCUUCAGCGACCGCUGUCGCUCACCGUGGGGCCGCCGGCGGCCCUACAUCCUGGGCCUGGGCAUUAUGAUGCUUGUGGGGCUCACGCUCUUCCUCAACGGGGACGCCAUCGUGUCCGCCAUGGUAACGGACAGGAACCUGAAGAGAACCUGGGCCAUCUUGGUGGUGAUGGUGGGCGUGGUGGUCUUCGACUUCUCGGCGGACUUCAUCGACGGGCCUGUGAAGGCAUACCUGUUUGACGUGUGCUCCUACCAGGACAAGGAGAGGGGCCUUCACUACCAUGCCCUCCUGACAGGUCUGGGCGGAGCCAGCGGCUACCUGAUCGGUGCCAUGGACUGGGGGCACUCGGCGCUGGGCGUGCUGCUGGGCUCCGAGUACCAGGUCAUCUACUUCUUUGCGGUGCUGUCCAUGAGCAUCCUUCUGGCCGUGCACCUCUUCAGCAUCCCGGAGACACCGCUGGGCCGUGACGGAGGCUUGGACCCUGAUGCCGAAGCCGGCACACUCCUGCCCGAUUGCCAUACUGACGCACCAGGCUAUGGAACCAUGCCGACGGAGACUUCCCGGUCCCACGAGGUCCGGUCACGGUCCUACACGGCCUUGAGAGAGUCCAACGGCAUCACCCCCACCGUGAAGCAGCCCAGCAAGGAGGCCCAGAAGCGAAUGUCCUUGAAGUCGGUGCUGCUGGCGAUGGUCACCAUGCCCAGUCAUUACCGCUGCCUGUGUGUCUGUCACCUGCUGGGCUGGACCGCGUUCCUCUGCAACAUGCUCUUCUUCACGGACUUCAUGGGACAGAUCGUUUACAGGGGGAACCCCUACGCUGAGCACAACUCCACGGCCUACCUGACCUACGAGCGUGGUGUGGAGGUGGGCUGCUGGGGUCUCUGCAUCAACGCCGCCUCCUCUGCGCUCUACUCAUAUGUGCAGCGCCUCCUCUUGCCCUAUAUCGGCCUGAAGGGGCUCUACUUCAUGGGCUACUUCAUGUUCGGUCUGGGCACGGGGCUCAUUGGCCUGUUCCCCAGCCUGGGUGCCACACUGGCUCUCUGCACCGUCUUCGGGAUCAUGUCCAGCACGCUGUACACGGUGCCAUUCCACCUGAUCUCCGAGUACCACCGCGAGGAGAAGGAAAAGAAUGAUGGAAGCUCAAGCCAGGCAGCUCGUGGCAUGGGUGCAGACUGUGCUGCCCUCACCUGCAUGGUGCAGCUGGGCCAGAUCCUAGUGGGGGCAGGGCUGGGCGCGCUCGUCAAUGCCGUGGGCAGCGUCGUCGUUGUGGUACUCUCCGCAUCCACGGUCUCACUGAUUGGCUGCCUCUUCAUCGCCGUCUUCAUACGCCAUGUGGGCUGACCCCCUGCCAUUCAAACACUCCCUGUUUUUCCAAUAAAAA